CAAAUGUAGCUGACACCAAGCUCCUGAACUUGGGGCCGAAAACUUUACGGAGAUUGGGUUCUGUAUACAUUAAACUUCGGAUAUAUAUUGUUUUUGCUGAAAAAAGCGCGUGGCACUGUGUUUCUCCAGCAACCCAGACAGUUUGCGCAGCAAGCCUACUAGCCUAGCAAUCAAACAAAAAGAGGAGGAAGAGAUAGGAACGGUAAAGGAGGAGAGAUGAGGGAAAAAGUAGCAAUCUUUUGUUUUUUCCUUCUUAAAGGAAUAUGUAUUCAUGAAGAGGGAUUUGCAUAGAAAAUUUCUCGACUGAUAUCACAAGGGGGUGAUUUAGCAGACGCUUCGAUUAAGAGUUGUGUAUAAUUUCUUCUGGAUCGAUGUACCCUACAGAUAUCGGAAGUCACAAGCGUUUCUGAAGAUUUCUCCAAUUCAUCGUCUGUGAGCAUUUUGGUGGUUUCUUUUAUGCAAAGGGAUCAAUACAACUACCUUCACCUGUCAUUCCGUCAGCGUACUAAAAUCUUAACAAGACAUAUUGGAAUCUACAAGAAGAAGCAGCAGCAUUUCUGAAGAUUUCUUCAUUCAAACUAUUGAUAGCUAGCAUGGCAAGCACUCCAGUUGGCUCUAAUGCACUUAUUCUGGAAGUUCUUGACCGUAGUAACUAUAAACAUUGGAGAUCGCGAUUGAAAACAUAUUUGUUGGCUGAAGAUCUUUGGGAGGCUGUCGAAGCAAUCGUGAAACCUCCAAAACUUGAAGAUGAUCAAACUGAUUAUAAGGCCUGGACCAAAAAGAAUGCCAAGGCUUUGUACGCAAUCCAAAAUACAUGCGGAAGAGAUCUGUUCUCUUUUAUAAGUGAAAUUGAGACGGCCAAAAGUGCCUGGGAGGCUUUGGAACAAGAGUGCAAAGUUGUACAAGGAUAUGAUGAGAACAAUACCAGUCACUUGAUGUGCUAUAAAUCGUUCAUUGAGUCUGUACUCAUUGGUGAUUGGGAUAAGGCAAAGAAGUGUCUUGGAGGAGUUGAUAUGCGCAGUGUAGUAGUAAGGGCAGUAGAUGGAGAUGGAGAAAUAGCUCUUCAUGUAGCGGCCAGGAACGGGCAUGCGCAUAUCGUGAAAGAGUUGGUGCAUUUGAUGACACAAGAAGAUUUGAAAACGAAAACCACUUAUGGUCACACAGCUCUUCACCUAGCAGCAGGGGAGGGGCAUGUGCAUGUUGCGAAAGAGUUACCGGUGCCAUUGAUGGGAGAAGUACAAGACAGUGAUGGUGACACGGCUCUUCAUAUAGCAGUCCAGGAAGGGAAGAUUGACAUUGUUAAAGAGUUGGUGCAGUUGAUGAGACAAGAAGACUUUAAAAUAAAAAACGAUGCUGGUUACACAGCUCUUCACCUGGCAGUCAAUAAGGGGAAUGUGCAAAUGGUCAAAGAGUUCGUGAGAAAAGAAAAAGGUGAGAAUAAUAUUGGCGAUGACGACUUUGAGCGUUAUAUACCGUUUAUCACCUAUGUGACAAAUGGUGAUUGGGAUAAGACAAAUGAGUGUCUUCAAGAACUAGAUAAUCCCUGUGGUGCUGUAACAGCAGUAGAUCCAAGAGACUACUACCGAGAUACUGCUCUUCACAUAGCAGCCCUGCAAGGGCAUUUGGACGUUACCAAAGGAUUGGUGUUGUUGCUGAAAAUGAGACGAGAAGAUUUAGAAUUGAAAACCGUUGAAGAUUUCACGACUUUCGGUUCUGGUAUAACUUUAGGGGUCAGUGAAGAAUUCCUCAUGGAAAGGGCCAAAUACAUGGUUGAACAGUAUGAGAAAACACUUGGCAGCCAUUUGGAGAUACAAAACGCUAUAGGUUUCACAGCUCUUCACCUAGCAGUACUGCACGGGUAUGUGGAUAUUGUGAAAGAGUUGGUGCCAUUAAUGAGAAAAGAAGAUUUAGAAAUAAAAGACGUUGAUGGAGACACAGCUCUUAACAUUGCAAUCAAACAAGAGCAUGUGGAUAUUGCGAAGGAGUUAAUGACAUUGAUGAGACCAGAGGCUUUGGAAGAAAAAGACGGUCAAGGGUUUACAACUUUAAGUGCGGCUAUUCAUUAUUUCAAGGAUGGAGACGUUUGCGAAAUCGCUAAAUACAUGGCUGAAAAGAAUGUUGAAGUAUUUGGCAUACCCGCGGCUCCCGAUGAUGACAUUCCAGUUGUCAACGCUCUUGGUUGGAGUAAAUGGAAAUCGGCUCGCUAUAUGUAUUCCAUCACUCCACUUGAAGCUCUCGAGGGACCCAACGGAAGUUCACUUAUUUGCUAUUGUCUCAAUUCUAUCAAAACGAUUGAUUUGGCAUGGGAUCUGCUUCAACGUUGCCCGAAUUUGGCCUUCACUAUCACUAGUUCGCCUGCUAAAACCACUCCUAUGUUGAAAUUGGCUCGUAUGCGUUUUGCAUUCUUAAGUGGAACACGACUCACACGUUGGCAAAGAUGGCUUUAUGAUUGUAUAUACAUACGAGAAGUUGAUCAUGUUAACCUUCAUGAUAUAUCUAUAAAUGUUACCGAAUCAAAUGAAGAUCAUAGCAAUAAAAGGGAUUUCAUUUCCUCAGUUAUGAGUUUAUAUAGAAGAUUUGCUAAGAGCCUCUAUAUAAUUUGCGGAAUCCAUCAUAUAUAUGAAAUGAAAUCGACACAUAAGUGGAUCUUUCAAUUUCUACACUGUAUGGAUGAAGCGACAAGAAGAAUUAAUAUUCUCACACCGGAGCAACUUGACAUGGUGCAAAAAUCAAUCUUCAAAGCUAUAGAACAAGGGCAUUAUGAGUUUGUUACUCAACUGUGUGUAGCAAAUCCAAAACUAAUCUUGGACACUCAUGAUGAAAAGGGGAGGAACAUAUUUCAUUUUGCCAUCGAAAAUCGUCAAAAAGAGGUUUAUAGUCUUAUAUAUGAGCUUGAAGAAGAAAAGCGAAAUGACAUUGCAACUCAUCUAGUGAACUCUGACAAUAGUAUGCUACAUUUUGCCGCCAAUUUAUUCUCGGUUUCAUAUUUUGAUCAUAUUCAAGAUGCAAGUUUGCAAAUACAAAGAGAACUACAAUGGUUUAAGGUUCAGGUCCCUGCACUCUCUACAAGAAAGCCUUUCGAUCUCAACCCCAUAUACAGAGAAAUUGGAACUAGAGCAGUUGCAGAAGACCGGACCAAUUCAUCAUGGCACACAACUUGUUCACAUCUUCAGAUUAUAGCCUAGUGAACGAUGACCAAGCAUCACCCUGAUUUGAUCAUGUGCAGGAAGCAACUAGGGAUUGUCAUUGGGCCGCUCAGCCAGAAGUGUG